AUGCCAGCAGCCGACUUUGACGCUGCCGCUUUCGGCGAAACGCACAUCACGAAAGGGAUCGGUCGUCUCUCGAAGCACGUCUUCGAAGACGGCAAGGGUAGCUGGAUCACCACGGAUAAAGGUGUCAAGCUGCUCGACAUGACUUCCGGUAUCGGUGUUUGCAACUUGGGACACUGUCACCCCAAAGUCACCGAAGCGGCUGUCAAGCAGUGCGCAAAGAUCACGCAUGCCCAAGUCAACAUUGGCUUUUCAGCACCACAGAUCGAGCUGAUCAAGAAUCUGCUUCCCAUCUUGCCGCACGCUUCGCUCGACACAGUGUUUUUCUGGAACUCAGGCGCAGAAGCAGUGGAAGCGGCUGUCAAGCUCGCGCGUGCGGCUACCAAGAAGCAGAACGUGAUCGUCAUGCAAGGAUCGUACCAUGGCCGUACCGCUGCUACCGCUGCGCUGACUCGGUCCAAGACCAUCUACGGCGAAGGUCACGGACCUUUGAUGCCAGGUGUGUUUGCUACAUCGUUUCCGUUCUACUCUCAUUUUGGACUGCCUGUCGAUACGGAUGUGGAAGAGCUGGUUCGUCAGUCGCUGCAUCAGGUGCGUUUGACACUGCAGCAGCAGACAGCGGCUUCGGACACAGCUGCGAUUCUGAUCGAGCCCGUGAUUGGUGAAGGCGGCUACGUUCCUGCGCCUGCGUCGUUCCUGCACGGAUUGAGAGAGAUCUGUGACGAAAACGAGCUCUUGCUCAUCUGCGACGAGGUACAGUCUGGUUUCGGACGAACAGGCACCAUGUUCGCCGUCGAGGAUUCAGGCGUUCGUCCUGACGUGCUCAUUUUUGCCAAGGGUAUCGCCAACGGUUUCCCGCUCUCUGGAAUCGCUUCCACCAACCAAAUCAUGUCUCGUCAAAAGCCAGGCUCCAUGGGAGGAACGUAUGCCGGAAAUGCGGUCUCGUGCGCCGCUGCAACCGCGGUGAUCAAAGCUUUCAAAGACGAGCAUGUGCUCGAUAACGUCGCUCAGCGAUCCAAGCAGCUCGUCUCGUUCUUGCGCGCGCUCCAGCACGAAUCCAAAUACGGCCACCUGAUCGAAGAUAUUCGUGGUCGAGGUCUUAUGAUUGGCGUUCAAUUUGGCAGCCCUGUCACCAAGACUGAUAGCCACAACUCUACAGCAGCAAACCCCAGAAAGCCAGAGCAGAUCGCUCCCAAGGUCGUAGCAGAGUGUCUGAAGCGCAACAUGCUGCUGCUCAGCACCUCGGUAUUCGACGUCCUGCGUUUCAUUCCAGCACUCAACAUUAGCCAAGACGAACUGAGCCAUGCGUGCACCAUCUUCAAGCAGGCUUUCGAGGCUGCUGCCCAGGAGCUCGGUCACUGA